AGCAGGAGGACCUGAGCUCAUCAUCACACAACCUCCAGCUUCCUCACCAACAUGAACCCCAUCUUCCUCCUCCUCCUGGUGGCAGCAGUCAACGCCGCCCGCCUCAACGGCGGCGCCCCCUCCACCAGCUAUGGUGCUCCCAAUGGUGGAUACUCCUAUGGUGAUCUGCAGGGGGCUGCCUCCUCCUUGGACGAGGCUGUAGAAGACCCCAUAGCCGCCCUGGCCGCCCUCAUCCCCGGCGGCGGCGUCCCUGGUGAGGACUACCCGAUCCUGGCCUCUGUACCCGACACCGGCUUCUCCUGCGAGCAACAGGAGUUCCCAGGUUACUUCGCUGACACCGCCGACGAGGCCGGCUGCCAGGUCUUCCACAUCUGUCAGUUCGACGGCCGCCAGGACUCCUUCCUGUGUCCCAACGGCACCAUCUUCAACCAGCAGUACUUCGUGUGUGACUGGUGGUUCAACGUGGACUGUGCCGCCUCACAACAGUUCUUCGGCCUCAACGCUGAGAUCGGCAAAGUGCCUGAGGACAUCUUCGGCUCCGCCUCCGACUUGUCACUGUCAACAGCCUACGGGGUGCCAGAGGCUCAGGCCUCAGUUCAGGCUCCCAACACCCUGUACAAUACACCCGCCAGGUUCUGAGGAGCCUGACUGACAGUCACCGGCGUCCACAGGUCCGAAGGUCCGACAGACCAACUUGUACCGUUUGGUGGAUUAUGGUCACUGUUUAUCAUGUUCAUACGAAAGUGAUUAUUAUUUAUGAAUUAUGUUAAGAAGAAUAAAUAUGCAAGAUAUU